AUGUUAAACGGCGAGAUGAACUCCGCAAAAGAAUCAAAGUAUGGUAUAUUUAUUAGAAACGAAUUAAUAAACAAUGCAACAGAUAAUGAUCAAAGAACGGCCCUGCUGGGGCAGAUCGUCCAAAUAACUGGCAUGGAUAGCAGCCGAUAUGCAUGUCAGUUUUUAAGGGACAACUCCAUUUGGGAGACUUUUACGUUCAAUUGCCCCAAGGAGAGUAUCAGGUGUAUAAGUGAGAAGAUCUGGCCGUUUUUGGCUUCGGUUAACUCGCCGCAGGAAAGGGUGAAGUUGGCCAAAAACUCAAAAAAAUGUGAUACUUUGAUGAGUCUUACGAAGGAAUGUACAGUUGGUUUCAUCGAUACAAAUGAUAUUUUGCUGGGUACAAUUAGGUUUAUCGGGGAUGUAAAGGAGAUUGGAAGGUGUUUUGGCAUACAACUACACGAAAAAAAGAAAAACAACGCGUGCAACGGCUGCGUAGCGGGGAAGCAGUAUUUUUCCUGCUUGCCAGGACAAGGCAUUUUCACCACGAUAGAAAAUAUAUCGUACUUGGAGUCGAACAGAGGCAACUCCCCCUCGCCGACCAGGAACGAGUUGGACCUGCAGAUGGACAAAAACUUGAGUUUUCUGCACGGCGAGCCGAAACCUUACGAGGAGAUCGUCACGAAAUACGGGGAAUACCCCAACAAGAAGAAGUACGGCUUGCCGCAGAAAUCCCAGACGUAUCUCAGAAACUCCCUGUCGCUGCAAAACAUGCUGGACGUUGAUAGUUUGUCGGUGAAUCCCAACAACGACUUCGACCAAAGCACCCUGAUACAGCCGGACAAGAACCACUUGAUCGCCGAGCUGCCUAAAAAGAGCAAAAUCAAGUCGGAGAUGGAUCUGAACGAGCUGAUCGGCGGUCAUUGGUCGGGCAGCACCGACCAGAGGGAGCUCGAAAACUGCUCGGCCAGUCUGCGGAAGCAGCUGGACAGAAACGAGAAUUACAGGGACAAGCUGCCCAAGAUGAAAUCGACGGGCACUUUGCAGAGGAAAAGUAAAUUUUAUUUGAACGAGCCGCUCGAGCCGGUGCCUCUUAAAGUCAAGAACGGCACCAAGAAAGAGGAACACAGUAAAAAGCUGAACGAGAAGACGCGCUCGACGUUCUACGUCAGCGAGAAGAAGUUCUCCGACCCGGCGCCCGGCACUACUGGGGACCUGUCGCUCGGCACCCUGGUGGAGGUGCUGAACGACGUCAGCGAGGAGCCGCUGUACGGCGUGGUGAGAUGGAUGGGGGUGGAGAGCGGCGCCAACUUCGUGCUGGUCGGCGUGGAGCUGGAGGAGGAGCAGUCGCACCUGCCGCUGGAGCUGUCCGAUGGAGUUUACAAGAACGAGCGGUUCUUCAGGUGCGCGGAGGGUAGGGCGCUGUUCGUGCCGUUGCAGCAGUGCCACAGGGAUUCCAGGUUUCAGGACGGCGCGCCCGCUCCAGUGCCGGAGGUCACCGAAAAAAACAUGGACUGUCCAGUCAUAAGAGGCGCAGUCGCCCCACUGUGCAUGCCAACAGAAGAAGACGUGAUCGCAGUGUGCGGCAAAUAUCGCGGCAUCCAGGGCCACCACAAUUCCUGCUACCUGGACGUCACUUUGUUCAGCAUGUUCACCUACACGAGCGUAUUCGACAGCUUGCUGUUUAGACCCAAAAACAAAACCGACAUCGAUGACUACGAAGAGGUGCAAAGAGUGCUGCGCGAGGAGAUCGUGAACCCGCUGCGCAGGCACCUGUUCGUCAGGGCGGACCACGUGAUGAAGCUGCGCCGCCUUUUGGACCGCCUCUCCUCCGUCUCGGGGCUGACGAGCGAGGAGAAGGACCCCGAGGAGUUCCUCAACUCGCUGCUGGCGCAGAUACUCAAGGCCGAGCCGUUCCUGAAGCUCAACUCCGGCCAGGAGGCCUUCCACUACCAGCUGUUCGUCGAGAAGGACGCCGACUUGACGCUGCCCACCGUGCAGCAGCUCUUCGAUCAGAGUUUCCUGACGAGCAGCAUCAAGCUGAAGGAGGUGCCCUCGUGUCUGAUCAUACAGAUGCCCAGGUUCGGGAAAACCUACAAGGUCUAUCCGCGGAUAUUGCCGUCGCAGUUGCUGGACGUCACGGAUAUCAUUGAAGGAUCGCCGCGGCAGUGCAACGUGUGCGGGCGGCUGGCCAAGUGGGAGUGCCAGGACUGCUUCGACGUGGCCGCCGCCGGUCUCGAGAGCACCGGCUACUGCACCGAGUGCCUCAAGACGGCGCACCGCCACGAGCGGCGGCAGCACCACCGCCCCGUCAAGCUGGAGGUGGCGCGCGACUUCGCCAUCAUGGAGGAGCACUGCCGGCCGCCCAGGCUCUACAUGGAGCUGUUCGCGGUCAUCUGCAUCGAGACGUCGCACUACGUGGCGUUCGUCAAGUGCGGCGUCGGCCACGAGGCGCCCUGGUGCUUCUUCGACAGCAUGGCCGACAGGCAAGGGGAGAGGAACGGCUUCAACAUCCCCGAGAUGGUCGCCUGUCCCGACAUCUCGCGGUGGCUGUCGGACGACACGAUCUGCAGAAAAUUGCACGAAGACUUCGAGGUCGAUCGGCAUCUGCCCGAGCACGCGCGACGUCUGCUCUGCGACGCGUACAUCUGCAUGUACCAGAGCUCCGACGUCAUGAUGUACCGAUAG